GGCGGGGCUUCCAGUGACCCCGCGUGAUGUCCGCCUCUUCCUGGUUGCCAUAGACACCGCCUUCCAGCGUCCCAAAAUGGCGUCGCUGCUGGGGGAGGAGGUGUUCGAGACGCGCCGGCAGGCCCCGGCCCCCAGCAAGGACUUCUACCAGCUGCUCGUCACCCGGCGGGAGGUAAUUUUGAGGUGGUGGAAAAUCUCACUUAGAAAGGAAUGUCGUGAAUCAAGACCUGGAGAAAUUAAAGAAUCCCAGGAGGACUUUUUGGGUGAUUCAUCUCUUCAUAUUCAGGUUGCUAUAGUGUUUGGUGCCAAAGUUCUGGAACAUGUCCUCAAUCUGUGCCGAGGUAACUAUGACUUCCUGGAACGGCUUCCUGUCCCAUUGCUCCUGUACAUCAUUUCCUUUCUGGAGCUUGAAGAUAUUGCCAGGCUUUCUCAAGUUUCACGCAGAUUUAAAACGAUAUGUAACAGUAAUGCGCUAUGGGAGAACAUUGUGGAGAACUUGUGUGACACAAUUACACCUGAAAUGAAAGAACUUGCGCAGGAAAUUGGCUGGAAAAAAAUCUUCUUCACAAACAGACUUCAGCUACAGCUGCAGCUACGAAGGAGAAGGCAGAAACAAGAUGCUCAAAACAAAAAAAGUAACUGAAUAAAGAUGUAUUUUUCAUUGAAGUAAUUGUUAUAAGGUGUGGAUUUGCUGUUUAUCAGGUCAGACUUACUGACACUUCUGUUUUACUGGGGAAAGCAGAUUUAAGGAUUGAAAGAGGAAAACCAAAACGUGUCUCACUCAGAGCAACGUGUAAAUAAUACAAUGUUUAAUGUGUUGACCAUCCUGAAACUGUAUUAUAGUCAGCACUGUAACAGGUACUAGCAAUAGAGGAGAUUGUGGCUUCUUUGUGCUUCUUCAUUCCAACUUCUCUAUUUUGUAUAUAUGCUUUACACGCUCCAUGGCUUACAUCAGAUGCUAUGGCAUAGUCAUCAUUGCCUUCUAGAAAACCACCUAUCAUUUUUUAUGACAAAAAUUGCUCACGAAUGCUGAGGUUUUUAGCAAUGUUUAUAGGCAAGUAACAUUUAGCUGGUUCCAGAGUUUGAUGCAUGUUCAAAUGUUUUUAAAUUAUCUAAACUUCAAACCAAUAAUAAUUUUGGCACCAAGAAGAAACUUCUUUGGUGACUGAGGAUGUGGAUCAAAUGACUAUCCUCAUCUUGGAUAAUCCAUCAAAAUCAUAUUUGAGGCACUCUGCCAGAAUGGAAUGUGGUCAAAAUUGUUCCUUGAUGUUGCCGACACAGGAGCUUUUGAAACUAAUUGACUUCUAUUGCUCAAGUUGCAUAUUUGAUAAGAGACAUUUGCUAUCGUACAAGACUGUAACAAUGGUUAGUUGAGCAUUGUAAAAUGAAGGCAGUUCUUACUGAUUUACUCAAACAAUCAACUUCAGUAAUUAAGAGGCCAAAUACUAUUCCUCUGAAAGUACCAGUUGAUUAAUGUAUCAUUUGCCAUUGAAUAGACUUAAGACCUGAGUAUUAAUAAACAGUGAUUACGGCAUUUGGAUACAAUAUUUGUUAAUAUUGUGUAAUAUUUGAAGAGUGUAUUAGGUUUACAGUUUUUUAAUAUGUCAAGUACUAAACUUGAAUUUUAUAAAUUGAUUAAAAACUAUGAAUACAGGGUUUUCACAGGGUUCUUAAUACCCUUCUAUUUCUUUAUAAAGCAGUAAUUUAAUUCUUAAAAGGUAUUUGCUAUUUUAGAUUAAUAAUAUUUUGUUCUACAACUAUAUACCAAUGUUCUUGAAGUAUCUUGUGAUUUUAGAUCUUCAGAUAGGAGAAACACUGAAGUCUACUUUUUCCUUUUUAUGACUGUUUCUUUUUAGGAAAAUGACAAAUACAGAUUUCAUGAUGUGCAUAAAAUACUGUAUUCAUAAAAUUUCUGUUCUGUGUAAUAAAACACUAUAAAAUGUAAUUUUGCUUUAGAGAGAUUAUUUUGAGAACUACACUAUGUAAGCAGGGCUACUAAACAGCAGACUCUUUUUUUCUCACUUUCUGUCAAUUUACCACCAAUGAAUUUUUUUUUAGCUUGUGCCCAUAACAGAUUUAGGCAGUUUCAGAUUAGGAAACUAGAACCCAUGCUAGCCAAUAUAGACUGAGUGAAUAUUAAUUUAAAAUCCUAAUUUAACUCGAUUUUGUCAGCUCACCUUCCCUUAUCCUUGAUCAACCAUGUACCUGUUCCUUCUGUUAUGAGAAAUCAGUACAAUUAUUUUGCAAGAGAAUCUUCAUUUUUAAGCUUAAAAACAUGAACUUAACUAGUAAAUGAACAGAAAGUGACAUUUUGGGUAAUGUAAGUUUAUUCCCAUCAUAUAGCCCAGUAAGGACUUCUAUAGAAAGAUAUAUUGCAAAUAUCAUAAGUGAACAACAUAUUCAUCACAGCAAUAUGCAAAUAAAGUUGGUUUUGACAAUAGACAAAGUGAACAUCUACGUAUAAAGGGUACAUAUCUUUCAAAAAGAAAGAAAAGGGAAAUUGAGGGAAAUCAUCACUACAAUAUAUAUAUAUAUAUCACCAAUAAAAGAUAGUUCAGUUAAAAUUAGCUAGCAGCAGCAUUCACACCAAGAACAUAUUAAACCUGUAACAAAAGAACUGAUGUAAGAGUGUGGUUUAGACAAGCAUUUUCUCCAUUUUAAGAAAUUAUUUUAAGAAAUUAUUGACUGUGUGUUCACAUCAUGUGUUGCGGUUCAGUGUCACUGCAGUUGUUUUAAUGUGAAUUUUAAAGGCCAUGCGUAACUAUCCUCUAUGAAUGGCCUGAUCUAAAUCUUAAAGUAGUUCGGGAUUUCCUUAAGGGUUUUUUUUCAACUUGGCUUAUUUCAGUGAUCUAUUUUAAAGUAUGUCCCUGCCAACAGUUGUAGAAGUGCAAAACUAGGAAGCUGGUGAAUUGCAAUAUAGAACAAUAUGAGUUGCAGUUCAGAACUGUUUUUUAACUAACCUUGCAGCUAUCAAAAAGAUCUGUAUAAUGACAUUGUUACAUAUUGAAAUGUUUACCAAUAUUUGUUCAAAUAGAAUAAGUUGUUUUUAAAGAAUUCCAGCAGCAGAUAUCAGUAUUAAACUAAGAACCUGAUUUGUCAUGAAAAAACUUGCAUAAAGCUAGCAGGAUGCAAACUUACAGUGACUUUUAUUUGAUAGGAAAAGUAACACCAGACUCUCAAAGUUGGAAAGAGUGUGCCUUGCAGCACCACACAAAACAUUCUGCAUUGAUUGCCAGGUGCUGAAUGUUGUUUAAGAAAACUUAUUUGAGUGUUUUCAAUGAUCUUCAGUUCUUCCAUGCUCUGCAUUAUCUAAUUUUCUAGUGAAUAAAUAUCUCAAACGUGACCAGUCUUACAAAGUUCAUGGUGUGUAUUAUGAGCAGCAACACAACUGCUUACAAUGUAACAGGUUUUGUUAUUAAAUUAAUUGCAACAAA